UCAGGUGCCAGUUCUCUGACUUCACUCUGGGGGUGAGCAGUUACUGGGUUCAAAGAGAGGAGAGAGCUCAGAAAACAUCCUUGCCGUGGUAAGAGCUGGCUGGCUGGCUGGCUGGCCGUACAGCCUGAUGGGGCUCCGCUAGGCAGGUGUCAGCCAGGACGGACUGACUAGUGCUGGCAUUGCCGCUGCCACCGGUUGAUUUUGACAACCAGACACGGAGGGCUCCAAAGGUCUCUAGCACGGGACAGGUUCCCAGCGAAACUGAGUUUGUUUCCAGUAGCAGAGCCAGACCUGUGUGGGACCAGGUGGGAGGAAGGGCUGGGCCCAAGGGAUCUGUCUCUGGCUCACAGUCUGGAAGCCAGUGCAGGUACAUGAACUUGAGAGGAGUGGGCAGCUCCUAAGAUGCCUGGCCCCAUGUUUGAUGUUGCAAGAACAGGAAAAUGGGUAGAAGCAAGUCCUGCAUUUAAGGAGUUUCUUGUGAAACUGGAAUUUAGGCUGGUAGGCGCCUUUCCAGUUCCUCAUUACAGUUCAAUGUGUAGUCAGGCUUGGCCUGGGUAAAUCUGGGAAGGCUUCUUGGAGGAGACGACACUCAGGUUGUCAUCGAGGGAGAGCAAGGUUGUGCUGGAGCUGUUAGGCAAUCCCCAAAAAGCUGAAUUUGGGGAACGCUGCAUCCUGGGGUGAGGGAUAGCUGUAGCCUUGUAGGUGUGAGGGUAUGGGGGCCCUUGGGGAGAGUAAGAGCUGAGGAGAAAUGGUGCUCUCUCUCUCACAGACAUGGCUGGGCCCCCGGCUACUGCUGGUCUGUCUCCUGGUGAGCAGGAGUAUUACCGAGGAGGAGUCGAAGCACUGUAGCCACAUGAUCGGGGACGGACACCUGCAGCUCCUGCAGCAGAUGAUUGACAGUCAGAUGGAGACCUCGUGCAAAAUCCCCUUUCAGUUUGUGAAUGAGGACCAGUUGCAAGACCACGUGUGUUACAUUAAGAAAGCCUUUUUCUUGGUGCAAGACAUCCUGGAGGGCACCAUCAGCUUCAAGGACAACACCUCCAACGCCAUCGCCCUGGUGAAGCUCCAGGAGCUCUCCGUGCAGCUGGAGGACUGCUUCCCCCCGGUCUACGAAGAGCAGGAAACGGCCUGCGUCCAAAAUUUCUCUGAGUCACCCCUCUGGGCACUGGAGAAGAUCAAGAACGUCUUUAAUGAAACAAAGAACCUCCUUAAAAUGAACCAGAGCAUUUUCAGCAAGAAUUGCAGCGACAGCUUUGCUAAGUGCUCCGUCCCAGAUGUGGUGACCACGCCUGAUUGCAACUGCCUGUACCCCAAAGCCACCCCUAGCAGUGACCUGGCCUCUGCCUCCCCUCAGCAGCCCCUUGCCCCCUCCGUGGCCCCUCAGGCUGGCUUGCCCUGGGCUGACUCUGAGGGGACAGAGGACAGCUCCCUCUUGCGCAGUGAGCAGCCCCUUCGCACAGAGGACCCGGGCAUUGCCAAGCAGCGACCACCCAGGAGCACAUGCCAGACCCUUGAGUCACCAGAGACCCCAGGCGCCGAGGGAGGCCCCGUCGGAGGUUCGCCUGAGCCCCAGCCCUCGGCGGGAGCCCCCGUCUCUGGGAUGGAGGAUGUUCUCGACUCUGUGUUGAGCGCUAACUGGGUCCUAGAAGAGGCCUCUGGAGAAGCUAGCGAGGGGCCUGCACCCCAAGGCCCAGAGCCCUCCCCCUCCAGGCUGGGAGGAGGCAGCGUGCAGGCGGCAGCCACCAGACACAGCAACCUCAUCUCAGCAUCUCCACUCCGCGCAGCAGCCAAGGGCCAACCGCCGGCGAUUGGAACUGGCACCCUCCGGCCCAAGGUGGGGUCUGGGAGACCCACCGGCCAGGCCCGGAGUCACACACCCGAGAAGACAGACCGUCCAUCUGUGCCGCCCAGAGACGCCCAGGCGCCAGGCUCUGCCAGGCCCCUGUUCCUGCGCCCGAGAGGCCUCAGCCGGCCCUCCACCCUCUCUGCUCAGACCAGGCUUCCGGGCAGCCACGCCUGGGACAGUGUCCUGCCCCUCGGGGGGCUGCAGGGCAGGAGGAGCACCCGGGAGCGGAGGAGCACCGCAGGGCUGGAAGGAGGACCAAAUGAGGGGGCGGCCGCACCCCAUGCCCAUUUUAACCCUGUUCCUUUGACAGACAUAGGCUGGGUGCUGCCGCCCUCCACCCCCCAGGCCGGCGAGAUUGUCCGCCCCGUGCUGAGCCGAGAGCUACAGACGGUGGAUUCUCCCCUGGAGCAACCAGAGGGCAGCCCCCUGACCCAACAUGAGGACAGACAGGUGGAAAUGCCAGUGUAGCGGGAAGGCUAAG